AGAGGUUGAGAGGAGCCAACAAAAGUUGAAACUCACAAAGUGCAGACAUGAGAUCUCUAUCAUCAGCUGUCUUCUUCUUCCUCCUCUCCUUGCUUUUCUUGGUUGCGAAAUCCGGUGAUGCGAGGAAAGAUCCAGCAGCAGCAGCAGCAGACUACUGGAAGAGCAUGAUGAAAGGGGAGCCAAUGCCUGCAGCAAUUGAAGAAAUACUUGUCCAUGAUGAUCAUGGUGCAGAAAUCUCUGCAUCCAAACAGAAGGAUGAGAAGAAGGAGAAGAAGAAGAAGAAGAGGUGGGACCCAUCUAAAAUAAGCGUGGCCCACUUCAAAAGGGAUUUCGAUACUACCCCUAACAUGAUAAUUUACCACAGCCAUAUGGGACAUACUCAUGAGAAAUCACUUGUUAAAGGCAGAGCUGGGGUAAUAGCUAGAGGUUUCUGAAUGGUUUCUUUUAGAUGAUGAAAGUGGUAAUUUGAUCAGAUAACCUUGUGGUUCUGGACUUGUUUUAGUAUAAUAUACAAGAAGUUGUGUGGUGGUCUGGUUGAA